AUGUUAACUUUCAUUCUCCUGUCCUUAAUCUCCGGCAGGAGCUUCUUCACCAACUACCGCUGUGGUAGUCAAGCAAUUAGCCUCAUCAAUACCAACUUCGUGGCGAUGAUGGGGGUGACGGGCAUUAUGGGCCUUUGUGCACUGAUGAUGGCUCGACUGACCAAUAUGUUCAGUAACUAUUCUCUGAGUGAUUUCAUGAGUAUCGGAAAGUGGGCAGACCGACUUGGUUGCCUUGUUAAAUGGCUCCCAUGGUUGGUAGCUGGUUGCGGGAUUGGCUGGCUUGUAAUCAAUUUCAUAAAUAUCACCUGGAUUUUCGCCGACCCCAAGAGUUGGUGUUCCCGCAGAUGGUCUGAAAAAGGCAUUGUGGCCGUUGUGAACUGUCGUCUCUGGUAUCGAGGCGAAGUCCCGUGCAUCGAAUCACAAGAGGCGGCAAAAAUGGAGAACAAAGUGGCCUCAUGCAACGAUGGUGAUUAUCUAGAGACAAGCCACUUCUUCAUGUUUACUCCAAAGACAGUGGAUGGGAAGGGUUGUUCUUUCCAGACUAUAGAGAUCUGUCGUGCUUUCAAACAAAAGUAUACCAGCUUCGGUAAUGGGCAAGCAGUUGACUGGACGGGUAGCGCCCUGUCACACUGCUUGGGACCCGAUGGAGAGAAUGCAUUAGCGGAUGAGUUCCUCGUAUCCUCUGAUGAGAGCAGCGACCUGUAUCGGUACGUCAUGAUGUACGUCGUUGGCUGGUGUGUUGCCCUAUUGACACUUGGCAUUCUCUUCUACUACAUCAAACAGUCGAGCAAUUUCGAGGCAAUGUUCUACCAGCCUCAGCGUAGAGGAGACAAUGUUCUUUUGAAAGUCAUCCGGCCUUUCACCCCCUGGAGUAAGUAG